GUUACUACACAGAACAGAAAAACAAAGCGAGCAGGGCUGAGAUGUUUCUUCAUGUCAGACGUCAGUGAAAGAGGCGUUAAUUACCCACAUGUCGCAAUAUUAAGAUCCGAAGAGCAGUUACAGGCUGGCAGAGUAAUGGGGUUUUGUAAUGCUCGCUGUCAUACAUUGAUGAUCGCGAAAGGAAAUCUGGGUUGAAUUUGAGAAGAUCAUCAUCAGAGAGCGGUCAGGAUGCCCGGGAUGGUGGUGUUUGGACGCCGAUGGCGGAUCGCCAGCGAUGAUCUUGUGUUUCCUGGUGCCUUCGAGUUAUUUAUCAGAGCGGCGUGGUGGAUUGUGACUUUAGUUCUGUACACCAACCAUAAGGGACGAUUUGACUGUCAAGGUGGCGCAUAUCUGCAUAAUUACCUCGUAGUUCUUCUCGUUCUUUUGGCUGUCAUUAUUUUGACACUUUGUGCAAUCGUUUACAUCAGUGCUCAAGGAACAAUCAUGAAUCCCGGUCCUCGGCGCUCUAUGCCAGCUCUGGUGUAUCUGCGGGCCCUCCUGUACUUCCCUGAGUUCAUAUGGGCCUGUCUGGGGGCCGUUUGGGUGUCUGACAACAGCACAGGGUGUAAGCCGGCGGAGGUCGGGGCUGUGAUUGGAGCUGUGGUUUCCAGCUGGAUCAUCCUCCUGUCUAUGGUGGUGGGUGUGCUGGUUGUGUUCGAUCCUCUGGGCAGUCAGAGGCCGGGUGUUCUGCCAGACGCUCCGCUGGGCGUGAGGGAUCUGGAGAGCAGCGAGUCGUCUCAGCUCUUUUACACGGCGCACACGGUGGCGUCGCGGGUGUGGGAGAGCCGUCUGCGUCUGCUGUGCUGCUGCCUGCCGCAGGACGACAACCACCGCGCCGCCUUCUCCAGCAUCGCCCAGCUCGUCAGCGGCUUCUUCCUGGACACAGACCUGGUUCCCAGUGACAUCGCGGCUGGUCUGGCUCUUCUGCAUCAGGAACAAGACAAAAUGGAGCACUGCAGGGACCCUGAUGAGGUCCUGUCCCACAGCCCGUCCUCCCCUAUAAGGGAGGAUCUGGAGGUUGAGCUUGAGAAAGCCAUUCACUUUAUGCAGUUUGCAGCGGCUGCAUACGGAUGGCCUCUAUACGUCUACUCGAACCCGCUCACGGGCUUCUGCAAACUCAGCGGAGACUGCUGUCGAAGCCGUCAGGCGGAGUACGAUCUGGUCGGAGGAGACACCCUGGGCUGCCAUUUCACCUCCAUCUUACAGAGCACAGGCCUGCAGUACAGAGACUUCAUCCACAUCAGCUUUCAUAACCAGAUCUACGAGAUCCCGUUUUACGUGGCGUUAGAUCACAAGAGAGAGGCGGUCCUGGUCGCUGUGAGGGGAACGCUGUCGCUGAAGGUGAGUUCAGGCAUCAGUUCUACACUGAUAAUGAUCAGAGAAAGCAAGCGUGUCUCGUGUCUACUCUCUCUCCUCAGUAAAGCGCUGGCCGAUUACUCGAAGCAGUUUGUCGUGUCGGUGGUGCUGGGAAAAGAUCUCGUACCCAGAUUGAGCAUCCCUAACAUGGAAGACUUGAAAAGAAGAUUACUAAAAAUGGUUUCUAACUGCAGUAAGCCAAAGUAUAAGAUCCUAAUGCACGGCUGCUGGUACGAGCUGUUUGGAGGAACUCCUGAUGAUUUCCCUACGGAGCUGGAGAACCGGCGGGAGGAGGCGCUUAGCCAGCCGCUGCUAGGCGAGGAGAGUCUGUUAGUUCAGCGCUCAAACACCUACCAGAGCCUGUCAUCCGACGACUCGCCCUCCCACCCCACACACCUGCCCCUGUACCCGCCGGGACGCAUCCUGCACAUCACCGAGGACGGGCCCGCUCGCAGACACUGCUUCUCUCAGGUGAGAUACCGUGCCGAGUGGUCGAGUGAGACAUCGUUCCGUAAUGUUCUGAUCAGCCCGCGGAUGAUCGCCGAUCACAUGCCUGAUGUGGUUCUGCACGCGCUGCGCAGUCUGACCCGCGAACAGCCGUUUGCUGUCUGCCCGUCCUCCAUGAGCAACAGCCACCUGAACGUCAUCUGAGCUUCACAAAAGACUGUCGGGAGCAAGAUUUACUGGACUCCUCGUUUUAUUUUGCGUAUUUAUUUGCGCAUUUAUACUCCCAUUAGUGUGCCUGCUUUUUAAAGGCUUCAUGAACUGCCAUAUAUUCCCAUCAUCCAUAAAAGUUAUCAUCGCUUCACAUUAUUUGCUAUGCUGUGUUGUUCAGCUGUAAGAGUUACUUUCGUUUUUGUGAUUGUUCAAUGAGGACUCGAGCAAGAAAAUGUCAGUAUUAUCAGUGUACUGGUGGCGUGAUGUUUUUUGUGAUGUAUCUUCGCCAAAUGAGGAUCGGCCGAUCAGUUGGCAAAACGCCAUAUGAGACUUAGAUGCAUGGCACCAAACGCAUGAAAACCUUUCUUCUGAUGUAGACGAGAGUCUCUUCAUUUACUCCACUGCUGCCUUUUCAGGAUAUCAUGCAUUUUUCAAAAAUAAAAAUGCUGAGGAAAAGAUGGUCUGUUCAAGUUGUAAAAAAGUGAGAC